AUGUCUACCACAAGAAGACGCAGCUCCGUCACUAUACGUCUGUCCGAAACACCAGACUCUCCACUCUCGUCGAAGGUGGCCCUGUUCAACCAGACUGCCCAGAGCCAUCGGGAAUCGCAACUCUCCAAUCCGUUCUCCGAUGCGCAGGCAACGCGCGGCAUGGCAAGGCUACAAAUCAGCAAGGAGGAGUACGGCAAACCUAAAGCGGGCAGUCUUACCGAAUACCGGGGUAAGAAGGCCAACAUCCAGGUGUACCAGGAAAUGCUCGAACUCUGCCAGGUGAUCGACACUGACGGCAAACCGGUGUCCAAGAAGAAUCCCGAUAUCAAAAUGAUCUACUUCGGCGAACUGUUCAAUAUAUACACACACAUCAACGAUAAGCUGGUGGGACUGCUGUUGCGCGCCCGUAAACAUGACCUCAUCCAGUUCGAGGGUGAGUGCCUGUUCCAGCGCCGCGAUGACCACGUACCAGUCUACCUAACGAAACCGGUCGCACAGAUCCGGGACAUUCUCGUCGGCAAGCAGACGGAAAUUCGCCGUAGUUUAAGUCCCAACCCACAGCCUACCAAUAUGUUACCUUAG